GAUGGUGCCGAAAAAAUGACUCGGGCUCUCCCCAUCCUCGCCUACUUUUUCACUGUGAUUCAUUGUAGUGGCUCUGCUGACUCUGAGGAGCGUCUCAUGAACUGGCUGUUGGGAAAGGAGCGCUACAACAAGUUGAUCCGCCCUGCUAUCAACAGGACAGAGAGAGUCACAGUCAAACUGCAAGUGUCUCUGGCACAGCUCAUCAGUGUGAAUGAAAGAGAACAGAUUAUGACCACUAAUGUCUGGCUCACUCAGCAUUGGGUGGAUUACAGGUUAUCAUGGGACCCCUCAGCAUAUGAAGGUAUUGACAAGCUACGCAUUCCCUCAAGACACAUUUGGCUUCCUGAUAUUGUGCUGUACAACAAUGCGGAUGGCACCUAUGAGGUUACAGUCUUCACCAAUGCCAUUGUCCUUUUCAAUGGCAGCAUCUUCUGGCUCCCACCAGCCAUCUACAAGAGCGCUUGUAAAAUCGAAGUCAAGCACUUUCCCUUUGACCAGCAGAAUUGCACCCUCAAGUUCCGAUCUUGGACAUACGACCACACAGAGAUCGACCUGGUCCUGAAGUCAGAAGUAGCCAGCAUGGAUGAUUUCACUCCCAGCGGGGAAUGGGACAUCUUGGCGCUGCCUGGCAGGCGGACGGUCAAUCCUCUGGAUCCCACCUAUGUGGACCUUACCUAUGACUUCAUCAUCAAGAGAAAGCCACUCUUCUAUACCAUCAACCUUAUCAUUCCCUGUGUGUUAAUUACUUCCCUGGCCAUCCUGGUCUUCUACUUGCCUUCAGACUGCGGGGAGAAGAUGACCCUUUGUAUCUCCGUCCUCCUGGCUCUCACUGUGUUCCUGCUUCUAAUCUCAAAGAUUGUUCCUCCAACCUCACUGGAUGUUCCCUUGAUUGGCAAGUACCUGAUGUUCACCAUGGUGCUGGUAACCUUCUCCAUUAUCACCAGUGUGUGUGUGCUGAAUGUCCACCAUCGCUCUCCCAGCACCCACACCAUGCCAUCCUGGGUCAAGUUGAUAUUUCUUGUCAAACUGCCUGCCUUGCUCUUCAUGAGGCGCCCUCACAAUAGCUCUGCACGCCAGAGGCUUCGUCAGCAGCGGUGCCUUCGAGCCAGGAGGGCAAUUCUGGGCCUGAGUUACCCAGUUCCAUCUAAAACAGGCACCAACAUGUCUUCCUCCGCCCUGCUGUCUUCCGACUCUACCUUCUCCACCCCAGGACACUUUUGCAACAAGAAUGUUGCUGCUCCACCAGGAUACAGCUACACCAACAGAAAAGGGGAUAUACGUUCCACUGAGUACCUUCCCAGCAGUUUCACGUCCACCCAGGACCUCAGGCAGAGAAGCAGCUCAGAUUGGGCUGCAGAUGUAAAGGAGGCAGUGGAUGGAGUGCGCUUUGUGGCUGACCAUAUGAUGGGAGAUGAUGACGAUCAAAGUGUGAUUGAGGACUGGAAGUAUGUGGCCAUGGUGGUGGACCGUAUGUUCCUGUGGAUCUUUGUGAUAGUGUGUGUGGUGGGCACGCUGGGCCUGUUCCUCCAGCCUCUCUUCCAGAGCCAGAUCAUCCCCAACCAGCAACCCAGCUCAGAGACUCCUCGCAUCUGA